CAAAAACAGCUGUUAGUGUAAACCCAGAAAACAUUGCAAAAAGUUUGUAAAUUUGUGAAAUUAUUAGUGAUUUACCGAAUUUAAUAGAAAAAAUUAAGAAUAAAAAUAAAAUAAUUUAAAAAUUAAAUAAAUUAAUUAAAAAUAAAUAAAAGAAAAAGCAAGUGAAAUGUUAGAUAAAGUGAAACAUGUAAUAUUAGUGUUGUCUGGCAAAGGCGGUGUGGGCAAAUCCACCGUAAGCACACAGCUGGCGUUGGCCUUAAGGGAAAGCGGUCAUAAGGUAGGACUUUUAGAUAUAGAUUUAUGUGGACCUUCGGUACCCUAUCUAUUGGGUCUGGAGGGUAGUGAUAUCUAUCAAUGUGACGAGGGUUGGGUGCCUAUCUAUACAGAUGACACUAAAACAUUGGCUGUUAUGUCUAUAGGUUUCCUACUGAAAUCACGCAAUGAUCCAGUCAUUUGGCGUGGUCCCAAGAAAACUAUGAUGAUAAAGCAAUUUUUAAACGAUGUUAAAUGGGAUGAUUUAGAUUAUUUAAUCAUAGAUACACCACCCGGCACCUCAGACGAACACAUUACAGUUAUGGAAUGUAUGCGUGAGGUUCGUUGUGAUGGUGCCAUUAUAGUGACCACUCCACAGGGAGUGGCCUUAGAUGAUGUACGCAAAGAAAUAACCUUUUGCAAAAAGACCGGCAUACAAAUUUUGGGUAUAGUAGAGAAUAUGAGCGGUUUUGUGUGUCCCCACUGUGCCAAUUGUACGAAUAUAUUCUCUUCGGAGGGUGGUGUAGAACUGGCCAAGUUGGUGGGUGUUCCCCAUUUGGGUACGGUGCCUAUAGAUCCUCGUGUUAGCGUUUUAAAUGGUACUACACGUUCGGUUUUGACUGAAUUGCCCGAGUCCGGUACAGCUGCCACCUUUAGGGAAUUGGUGACAAAAAUUACUGCUUAAUUGUUAAAAAUGAAAUUGUUUGUUAAAGAAAGUGUGUGUAAAUAUAAAUUUUUGUAAGAAAUUUUAAAA